UACCGCUUCAUGAGCGUGUCCCUCCACGAGCUCUUGUCCAAUGCAGCGGACAUGGCGCCAUCGGUGCUUCCAAAGCGGGGAAAGAUGCCGCCCAACGGCGGCCGCUGGUCGGACAUUGAGCAUGGCCUCUUUCUCCAAGGCGUCGGGCUCUACGGAAAGGACUGGCGGCGAAUUGCACGGCUCGUACAGACACGCACGACCGUCCAGACCCGGUCGCACGCCCAAAAGCACUUUGACCGACUGGAGAAGGAGCGAAAAGAAGGGAAAACUGAGACGCUACCGGUGGCCAAGCCCGCAAAGACUGCCAAGACGACGGCCAAAGGCAAGACGAAGCGCGUGCUGGCGCACCUGGCCAUGGGCCCGCCCCAGUUUUGUCUGCCAAUCGACGACCCGAGCGCCGGGUACAGAGAGCCCACCGAGGUUCCGGCCUAUGCAACGAGCAGAGGGGACCUCGACAAGCUCCUCGACGACAUCCCCGUGCACGAUUUCCUCGCGCUGCUUGCGUCCGAGAAGGACCGUUCGCUCAUGGACGGCUUUGAUUUUUCGAGUCUCGACACGGCGGCACCGGUGAUGGACGCGCGGCUCACGACACCAACGACGCUCAUGCCGUCGUCAUGGACGCCAUCGCUGUCGCCACUGCACCGGGAUACGCCGAGUCGCUUUGAAGACGAGUUCUGUUUAUAAGGCUCUGCGAUCGCGUUGCUAGUUGUUUUUAAGUGCGUGCGAAUGGAGGUCGUGUGUGGCGUAGUGUCUGG